AUGGUGAUGUUGCUAAGCCUCACUGUUUAAUGAGUAUUGUUGAGAGUAGAGGCAGCAAUGUUGUACCAAAUUUUAAAGAACAAAACAAACAUAAUGAAGUUACUUCUACUGCUCAUCCUCUCACUAAUGACAGGUUGUGAGCUGCUGUCAGAAGAGAAGAUUUGCACAAAAGGAUGGGUUGAAUUCACCUGCAACCAAAACACAACUAGAAAAUGUCAAAUGACUAAGGCUUCAACAACUGAGCAAAACACUCUCAGAGUGAUCAUUAAGCAACAUCAGACGAAGAAUUCAUCAGCUGACAGAGAGGAAUUAGAAUUUAAAAUUGCAAAACAAUGCCCAAAAGCAUUUCAUCAAAUUGCAUACAGAACAGCUAAAACCACCAUCAGAUGUGAUUAUCCAGAAGACAAAUACAAGUCGUGGAUCAAGUUUUUCUGCAAAGGGGAAGGUUUCACCUGCGAGGACAAUUUAUCAACAAAAUCUUAUCCAAAGUCAAACAGGACAUUCACUCCCUCAAACAUCAGCCAUAGCUUCAAUAUGUCCAUCAGUAAUGUGUCCUCUCAGGAUGAUGAUAUUAAGAGCUUCACAAGAUCACCAGCUGUUGGAGAGAACUUCACGUACUGGUGUAAAUAUAACCAGACUCUCUCAAAUUGUACAAAAUUUAUCUGUAAGGGAGAAGAUCCAUCUAUAUGUAAACCUUUAGUAAGCACCAGAGAUCCCAAUAGGAACAAGAGGUUUUGGAUGAAUGACAAUAAAGAGAAGAAAAAUAUCACCAUGACAGUGAGAGAAGUGACAGUGGACGACAGUGGGACAUACUGGUGUGGAGCAGAAAGCACCAAUGAACACCAAAGUAACAGGUUCUUCAACAGAUUGUCCCUGACUGUAGGUGAGCCGUGCUAUUUUAUUAUCUGA